AUGUUCUCGCUGACCGCUCACAUCUGCCUGCUCCUGAUGGUGUACAGCGUCCACUCCUAUUCCACCGGACCCCCGACCAGCCGGUGUGACUCGUUGACCCCGGGGCAUGGAAGUCCGGCACAGACCUCCCCCAGCCCCUACACCAUCUCAAUGUCUGGGAACACGUACCUGCCAGGCGGAACACUCACAGUAACCAUAUCUGGGGACACAUUCCGAGGGCUCUUUCUUCAAGCACGGGUGUCCGGAGCAAGCACGAGGCGGGGCACCUGGACGACUUCCGCUUCCGGUACAGGCACCAUCUCCUGCACGGACAGUGACGAUGCAGUCGGUCACGUGGAUAGUAGCGACAAAUCAGAUCUCAGCUUUCAGUGGACAGCUCCAUCUAGUGGUGAAGAGGAUAUAGAGUUUGUUGCCACCAUUUUGAGGCAGUAUGAUACGUUCUGGGUUGCACAGAGAAGUUCUGUCAUAACAGCAACAACGACCACAGCAAGUACUACCACUGUGCCAACUACUGCACCUACUACAACUACUACUACACCUACUACAACUACUACUACUGCACCUACUACUGCACCUACUAUAACUACUACUACACCUACUACAACUUCUACUACACCCGCUACAACUACUUCUUCUACCACAACCACUACAUAUACUCCAACAGCUGCACUUACUACAACAAAUACCACUACUACUACCCCACCUACUACAACUACUACUACCACACCCAGUACAACUUCUAUACCCACUACAAUUACUACUACACCUACUACAACUACUACUACACCUACUACAACUACUACUACUACUACCACACCCCCUACAACUACUACACGCAUACCUACAACAACAAGUACACCUACUACAACUACUGCACCAACUACAACAACACCCACUACUCCUACCACAACCUCAACCCCCACAACAGCUACAACAGCCAGCACAACUGCUACACGCACUACAACUAUAAACCUUACAGAAACAACAGCAACAACCACAUUACCGCCAAAAACUACUGCACCUUCUACAACUACAACACCAAAAGCAACAACUGCAGAACCACCAAAAACUACAGCAACUACAACAACUACAACAACAACUACUACUACAGUGCCACCAAAAACCCCAGCUCCCUCUACAACUAUCACAACAACUUCACCACCUCCUACAACUACAAUACCCACAACAACGACAACAACAGCACCCACAACAUCCACAGCACAAACUACCAGUACUACAUUCAGUACACCUACCUCAGCUACUACAACUACCCCUGAUACUACUACUACUCCUACUGCAACAACCACCACCUCAGCGACCACCACCACCACCGCCAGUUCUACUCCUACAACCGUCGUCACCAAACCAAAGUCCACUGAACCCUCCACACAGGCCACAAAGAGCACAGAGAGUACAACCAUCCCGCCAAAAACAGCUGCUGCUACAACCAGUGCCUCGACGACCGCCAAGGAAACAAAGUCAACAAAAUUACCGACAACAGCUACUACACCAACCAGUGCACCAACUUCUUCACCGGCUACGACUGCAGUGAGUCCCAACGCAACGGUAAAUCCGUCAUCUGCAAAUGCUACUAUCCCGGUGUCUGUGCCAACAACCGGGGAUUCGACAACAACGAGCGCUGCGUCAACAACAACACAAACACCACCAACUGGGUCGCAGACAGUAGGUAAAAAUACAACAGCUUCAUCAACUCUGUCUGAUACAACAGUCACAACAACUGAAGCGGCACCGCAGGCGUUGAAUGGUUCCGUUACGGCGUCAACCAGUACACCAGGCGUUAACAACACGCUAUCGACGCCUUCGGGAAAUAACGGAACUUCUGUGGACCCUUCAACUGCCUCCCCUGAGCCGGCCACUGUCCUUGUGUCCACGACUUCAGGGACGCCAGCGGCGGCGGACAACGUGACCGGAAGUGCCGUGACGUGGCGUUUUGGCGGGGUUUCACUUUUGGUUCUUCCGUUGUCUGUAUAUCUGAUUGCAUCGGGCGCAUAAGUAUAAUGCAGGAGAGACACAGAAAGGUCCUAUUCAUGCCUCUAUUAGAUUAAAUCACUAGACUAAUGUGUGACCGUCAGUUAACACAAGUGUUGAUGAACUGUAACAUCGAAACCCCAAGCUUUAAUGUUAUCCUGCUUUUGUGAGAUUUCCAUGUGUAGUGCACUAUAACAGAUAUAUGAUCGUUUUAAUACCGCGAAGAUACGUUACUGUUAGCUGUCUUAGUAUUAGUUAUAGCAAAAUAACUCUCCGCAGUGGGUAGUUAGGAUGUGCUAACUGAGAAAGGUGUCUGUGUGUUUGUUUAUGAUGUAAAGUAAAAAUUACACUUACACUUGUCAUUAUUUUAUGUGAAAGACAGAUAUUAUACGUUCAUAAUUUAAACAAAUCUUAAUGUUCUUUAUAUAUUGGAAGAGGGAGUAGAACACGGGGGGAUACAAUCACAAAGUAUCCCCUAUGAUAAUUCUAUUGUGGUAUUGUACAUAUGUAAAUAUUAUAAGUACUGUACUAUAGCCCUUUGAAGUAGUACUUGGUUGCCUUAAGGUUUUUUUAAGUUGUGUCCCUGUGAGUUAAUAUAAAUAUUUUUUUAUCGAUCAAAGCUGUUGUGGAAAUUAUACUGUGAUAAACGCACAAAAAAGACUGACAAAUUAGGUGCGAUUUAAAAUGUCUUCUUUGAUAUGUCACGAAAUGUUUUGAAUUUAAGUAUGAAUUUAAAGAAAAUCAAAAUAAAGCCAGUUUGUAGCUAUCCACAGGAUUUUAAAAUAUAUACAUGUAUGUAUGUUUUGAUGUAGACAGCUCAAUCUAGUGUUGCGCGAUUUUUCCCAAACGUUUUUGAAAA